UCGUCCAUUCGCUGUAAUCAAAAUCAAUUGAAACUAAUCAAAAAGACAAAAAGCCGUACAAACAGAAUAAAAAGUGGAAAAUAGAGUUAUCUAAAAACUGGGUCUAAGCUGUACCAGUUAUAAAAGUAGGUAAAACGAUGUUGCGGAGGCUUAGUUCAUUGAAUGUCAGCAGAAUGCGCGGUUUCUCGGCGCUGGUGCAGACCAAGGCGCUGGUGAAUGGCAAUUGGAUUGAUUCGUGCAGUAGGCAAACAUUCGAGGUGAAAAACCCAGCCACUGGUCAGGUGAUUGGCAAUGUGCCCGAUAUGACGGUUGAGGAUGCACAGCAGGCCAUAGAUGCCGCCAAGCAGGCGUACGAGUCGAAGGAGUGGCGCGCGCUAACUGCUAAGGAUCGCUCCAAUAUGCUCAAAAAAUGGCACAGCCUGAUCGAAAAGCAUGCCCAGGAAAUUGCCGAAAUCAUGACCGCCGAGUCUGGUAAGCCAAUCAAUGAGUCCAAGGGCGAGGUCGUCUAUGGCAAUGCAUUUGUCGAAUGGUUUGCCGAGGAGGCCCGUCGCAUCUAUGGCGAAAUUGUGCCCAGUGGACAGCCAAAUCGCGAGGUUAUUGUCAUGAAGCAACCUAUAGGUGUGGCCGCGCUGAUAACUCCCUGGAAUUUCCCAUUGGCCAUGAUAACGCGCAAGGCAGGAGCUGCUUUGGCAGCCGGGUGUACUGUGGUCGUUAAGCCAUCAGAGGAUACGCCACUGACAGCCCUCGCUGUGGCCAAACUGGCCGAGCAGGCUGGCAUACCUAAGGGUGUGAUCAAUGUAGUGACCACCAAGAAUGCUGCACCAAUUGGUGAGCUAUUUUGUAAGAGCCCCGAUGUGCGUGGCAUUAGCUUCACUGGCUCUACUCAGGUGGGUAAGCUGCUCUUCCGCAAUUGCGCCGAUGGGAUUAAGCGUGUAUGCUUGGAGUUGGGAGGUAAUGCACCGUUCAUAGUCUUCGAUUCGGCAAAUGUGGACAAGGCAGUGGAUGGCGCCAUGGCAUCCAAGUUCCGUAACUGCGGUCAGACUUGUGUCUCGGCGAAUCGCUUCUUUGUCCAGGAGGGCGUCUAUGAUAAAUUUGUGACACAGCUGAAAGAACGCGUCGAGGCGCUCAAGAUUGGCGACGGCAAGUCCGGAGAUGUGCAAAUCGGUCCACUAAUCAAUAAGAUGCAGUACAACAAGGUCAGCGGUUUUGUGGAGGAUGCUCGCGACAAAAAGGCCAACAUAAUUGUUGGUGGCAAGGGGCUGCAGGAGGUGGGCGAGCUCUUCUAUGCACCAACAAUAGUCACAGAUGUCCCAACGUCGGCACAUAUAUAUACUGAAGAGGUGUUUGGGCCCGUGGUGUCCAUUAUCAAAUUCAAAGAUGAGGCAGAGGCGGUGGAGAAGGCUAAUGACACUAAACGUGGUCUGGCAGGCUAUUUCUAUAGUGAGAAUCUGCAACAGGUGUUCCGUGUGGCCAAACGACUGGAGGUGGGCAUGGUGGGUGUAAAUGAGGGCAUCAUCUCCGCACCAGAGGCGCCAUUUGGUGGUGUGAAGGAGUCAGGCGUGGGACGUGAAGGAUCUAGUCAUGGCAUCGACGACUAUGUGGAUAUCAAGUACAUAUGCAUGGGCAAUUUAAAAUAUGACUAAAAUUCCUGUUGCACGCGCGCUAUAGCUUUAAAAUGCAGUCUUCCACUAAAAUGCUUGUAUGUUGUAAAUUGAAACUAAAAUUAUAAAAAUAUGCACAAAAAACAAUAUUAAUAAUAAAGU